CUAAAACCAUUUUUCCUCUCUCUCUCAAAAUUUUUUUAUUUUUUAAAAUUUUUAAUUUCUUUGGUCGUCUCUCAUAUCCAUAUAUAUAUAUCAUCAUUUUUCUUUACCAAACAAACAAACCCAAACUCUCUCUUAAAGCACAGAUGAAUGCCUUCCAGUCUCGAACCACACAAUCCCCUGCAGCCGCCGCCGCUGCAGAGUGUUUCAAGAUGAGGCGGUGGCCGGAGAGGAGAGUGGGUCCGCCGCAGCAGGCGGAGGGGGAGGGGGAAGAGGAUUUUGCGGCGGUGAUUCCGCCGGUGACGGUGGUGCUGGAAGGGAGGGCGAUCUGUCAGCGGAUCAGCCUCCACAAACAUGCAAGCUAUGAAAGCCUGGCGAAGGCUCUGAGACGGAUGUUCGUCGACGAUGAAGACGGCGGAGGCGGCGGCGGUGAAAACUCCGGCGAGCGGCAGCUGGACCUGACGAACGCGGUUCCGGGUCAUAUUGUUGCUUAUGAAGAUAUUGAAAAUGAUCUUCUUCUUGCUGGUGAUCUCAAUUGGAAUGAUUUUGUGCGGGUGGCGAAGAGAAUUCGAAUAAUGCCAGUAAAAGCAAAUUCAAGGAGGGGAAGAGGAAAUUAAAUUAAUAUAUGUGUUAAAUAUAUAUUUUAUGAGAGCCAUUUGUAUUAAUUAAUAUUAUCUUAUAAUUAUGAUUUCUUGCACCAGAAAAAAUGAAAGAAAUAAUAAGAUUUUCCCUUUUGUUUAAUGUUAUACUGAAUGCUUCCAUCUAUGUUCACUCUAAUCAAAAUAUU